AUGCAGCGAAUGUCUGACAACCCGUCGCCAGAACAACAGGGAGUGUCAUACCAGCCUCGUGAAAAAGGAUGUGAGAUGGACAACGGCACCACGGCGGAUUGCGAGUGGAAGGUGUCCCGUGUGGCAAUCAACCGAGCCAUGUCCAACAUUGGAGCCCAGAGCGCCGAAGGACUGGAUGAAAUUCUACCUGGGCUAGUGAAAAGGCUUGGACAGAAUGCAAGAGAGACCUUGGCGUCCAUCUUCACCGGCAUUAUUCAUGGUGACCCCAUCCGAGAGGACUGGCGCCGUGGCAAGGUGUGCCUGGUGCCCAAGAGGGGAGGCAACAGUGACCAACUGCACGAUUAUAGACCACUCACCGUCACCAGUGUGCUGUACAGACUUUUCACACAGGUCAUAAAGAGAUGGAUGAGUGGGUGGGCGGAAACGCAGGGACCACUUACUGAGCUGCAAAAUGGCUUCCGUCGGAAUCGGCGAGGAGAGGACAAUCUUUUUGUGCUCAUAAAGAGCAUCGAGAAGGCACGCAGGGAAUCGCGCGGGCUAAUCGCCUGCUUUCUAGACGUGGCCAAGGCGUACGAUAGCGUGCCACACGGACACCUUCUUUCUCGAAUGGAAGACCUCAAUAUGCCGCCUGUGUGGAUCGAACUACUGCGCCCACUCUACAUUGGCAACACAGUUGAAACCACCUUUGGUGGAACACGCACGCGCCCAGUAACAGUACAGCGGUGA